AUGCAUGUUGAUAUUUACCGAUGGGGGCAGCAGCAGCAGGAGUCCAGUCAGCAGGACCUGGGCUGUGGAGUCCUCGCUCUGGCCCUGCUGCCUCCUUGCUGUCUCUGUGCUCAGUUGCUCCUCUGUGAAACGUGUAAAACAAAGGUGUAUCCAGAUAAUCUUCCUACAACAAGUGUGGUGAUUGUUUUCCACAAUGAGGCUUGGAGCACACUUCUGCGAACUGUCCAUAGUGUCAUUAAUCGCUCUCCAAGACACAUGAUAGAAGAAAUUGUUCUAGUAGAUGAUGCCAGUGAAAGAGACUUUUUGAAAAGACCUCUAGAGAGUUAUGUGAAAAAACUGAAAGUACCAGUUAAUGUAAUUCGAAUGGAACAACGUUCUGGGUUGAUCAGAGCUAGAUUAAAAGGAGCUGCUGUGUCUAAAGGUCAAGUGAUCACCUUCCUGGACGCUCAUUGUGAGUGCACAGUAGGGUGGCUGGAGCCUCUCUUAGCCAGGAUCAAACAUGACAGGAGAACAGUGGUAUGUCCUAUCAUUGAUGUGAUCAGCGAUGAUACUUUUGAGUACAUGGCAGGGUCUGAUAUGACCUACGGUGGAUUCAACUGGAAGCUCAAUUUUCGCUGGUAUCCUGUUCCCCAAAGAGAAAUGGACAGAAGGAAAGGUGAUCGAACUCUUCCUGUCAGAACACCUACAAUGGCAGGAGGCCUUUUUUCUAUAGACAGAGAUUACUUUCAGGAAAUUGGAACAUAUGAUGCUGGAAUGGAUAUUUGGGGAGGAGAAAACCUAGAAAUUUCUUUUAGGAUUUGGCAAUGUGGAGGAACUUUGGAAAUUGUUACAUGCUCACAUGUCGGACAUGUGUUUCGGAAAGCUACACCUUACACGUUUCCAGGAGGCACAGGGCAGAUUAUCAAUAAAAAUAACAGACGACUUGCGGAAGUGUGGAUGGAUGAAUUCAAGAAUUUCUUCUAUAUAAUUUCUCCAGGUGUUACAAAGGUGGAUUAUGGAGAUAUAUCAUCGAGACUUGGUCUAAGACAGAAACUACAAUGCAAACCUUUCUCUUGGUACCUAGAGAAUAUUUAUCCUGAUUCUCAAAUUCCACGUCACUAUUUCUCAUUGGGAGAGAUACGAAAUGUGGAAACAAAUCAAUGUCUAGAUAACAUGGCUAGAAAAGAGAAUGAAAAAGUUGGAAUUUUUAAUUGUCACGGCAUGGGAGGAAAUCAGGUUUUCUCUUAUACUGCCAACAAAGAAAUUAGAACAGAUGACCUUUGCUUGGAUGUUUCCAAACUUAAUGGCCCAGUCACAAUGCUCAAAUGCCACCACCUAAAAGGCAACCAGCUUUGGGAGUAUGACCCAGUGAAAUUAACCCUGCAGCAUGUGAACAGUAAUCAGUGCCUGGAUAAAGCCACGGAAGAGGAUAGCCAGGUGCCCAGCAUUAGAGACUGCAAUGGAAGUCGGUCCCAGCAGUGGCUUCUUCGAAAUGUCACCCUUCCAGAAAUAUUCUAAGACCAAAUUUACAAAAAAAGAAAAAAUAAGGAUUGACUGGGCUACCUCAGCAUACAUUUCUGCCACAUUCUUACGUAGCAAAAAAGGAAAAGUGUUUUCCUCCUCCGCAGGAUGUAAGGUUUAUCAGCCAUUAAAACUUAGACUCCUCUAGCUUUUCACUAGCUGUGAACCAGCCUUCCUGUCCACGGACGUGAAACUGCGUAGUAGUGAGACUGUGCACACUGAUGUUUACAAGAUUGAAAGAGUCUUUCAUCAAGAAUCAUGGUAAAGAAUAUUUAGACAAUGAAACAAUCAACAAAACGUGCUUUCCGGAGAGCUGCAUCUUUUAUGGUUUGCUUGCACAGCGGUAAUUUCUACCGAAUGUGCUGUCAUAAUGAAGAGAUUUCCAAGAUUUUUUUUCCUGAUUAGAACUGGUAGCCAGUAUAUUAAAUAUUGAUUUAAAAAUAAAUGAAAAGAACUGGAACCAGAUUCAGAAUCAUGAAAACAUUUUUACAACAAUAAAAAAAACUAUAUUAAACAGGGUUUAAAGAAAAUUAAAACAGAACUAUGAGAAGUACAAUUUGUUAUAUAACAGUAUAGUAUCAAAUUUCUAUAUAGAUUUUAUACCUCAGUGGGGAAAAAUAACUGAUUCCAAUGACGUUCAUUUUAUUUUCAUCUGUGAUAGUCAUGGAUGCUUUUAUUUUCCUUGGGGUGCUGAAAUUGAGCUGGAAAAAAAGGCUCUUUGAACAUAGUUUUAAUUUCUUUCUCCAAUUUCUUUUAUUUGGUUAUUUGGUUUAUGGGCUGUUGGAAUUGUAAUUUUUAAUUGCCUUCUAAAAAAAUGGAGAUUUAACAUAAUGUCUGGUCUCAACUGAACAAGUUAGAUAUCUCAGUUGCUCUUGGGUCAACUGGCUUACAGACUUUGUCAAACACACGCACACACACAAAUUUCUUACCAGAUUUCCAACUUCUUAACUUGAUUCAACUGAUUAUGCUUAAUACCCAAGAUUCGUACUACUGUACUACAGAUUUGUUUUCACAGCAAUAAAUCUUCAGUUCUUUGUUUAUGAUUCCACUUAACAAAAGGCCUGCAGAAGUGAUUUAUUAUUUGGGUAUUUGGAGAUAAUAUAUUUGAUGGUUUUUUUGGAAGACCUUUUCACUCCAUACUCAGAUGUGCUUCAUUGUCAAGUGCAUAUUUAGAUUAGAUUCUUGAAUUGUAAUGUUGAUCUGCUGCUUUUUUUUAAAUAAAAUUUGACUGAAAAUGUUUAA